AAUCCCUUUGUGUAUUUGCCGCCUCUCUCUCCCUCCCUCCCUCAUUUAUUUCUCUCUCAAAAUAUGAUGUAUUGGCGGUAUCGUAGCCUCUCCCUCCUCUUACUUCGUUUUGCCUGUUUCUCUCCAUUUGCCGCUUCUCACUCUACUCUUUCUCUAAACUUUCUCACUCUCUCUCCCCAAUCUUGCCUCUCUCUCUCUCUACUUGAAGUUUGAGAGGUCUAGGGUUUGGUCCUUUAUCUGAUAAGGUGGUUUAGUCACAGAUGUCUUAAUCACCUUCAUGAAAAUCACUGAUUUUUUUUAGGGCAUUUUAAGAUGAUGUUGAAAGAUUUGCACAUGAUUUUGCAGCAUUGGUCAUGGAAGACCCCAUUUCUUGCAUGAUAAUUGCAGUUCUAAUUAGAUUUAAGGCAGCCUCCUUUGCUUUAGUGGAUAUUUCACAUCUCAUGGUAAGUUGCAUACUUCAUAUAAAGAGAAUGGCGUUAUUUGCUUGUGAGCUACUGCCUCAGAGAUCAUGUGAUUUGGGCUUCGGGUUUACCCAUACUCUCCAAGAUUUCAAGCGAGUGCCUUGUUGUCGUCCCCUUCAAUUCCCUGAGACUACCUUGGCAAAUGGCCGAGUGUUUUGUUCAACCAUUAUAAAGAAAAGAGUAAGGUACAGGAAACAAUAUCCAGGCGAGUCAAAGGGCAUUGUAGAGGAGAUGAGAUUUGUGGCCAUGAGACUUCGAACUGAGGAAACAGAGGAUGGACCUGAGGGGACAUGGGAGCCCACGAUUGAAGGUUACCUGAAGUAUUUGGUGGACAAUAAGCUUGUUUUUGUAACUCUCGAUCGUAUUGUUGAUGAAGCUUCUCAUGUUGCUUAUGCUGAUUUCAGAAAUACUGGGUUAGAGAGGUCCAUUGGUCUUUCAAAGGAUUUGGAAUGGUUUCGAUUGCAAGGAUAUGUGAUUCCUGAACCUUCCAAUCCUGGAACUGCUUAUGCGAAGUAUUUGGAGGAAAUUGCUGAAAAGAGUGCUCCUGCCUUCUUAUGUCACUUCUACAACAUAUAUUUUGCUCACGUAGCUGGUAGCCGAGUGAUAGGGAAACAGGUUUCUGAGAAAAUUCUUGAUGGAAAGGAUCUCGAAUUCUACAAAUGGCAGGGAGAUGCGGCUGAAUUGUUGGGAAACGUGAGGGAGAAGCUGAACAAUCAUGCUGAGUACUGGUCCAGAUAUGAGAAAAAUAAGUGUUUGAGGGAGGCGGCAAAGUCUUUCCGCUACUCUUCGCAGAUUCUUCGUCUAAUCGUUGUUUAGCCCUGCAUUGGGACCCAAUUGAAGCCAAUGAAAGCACAACACCACAAUUUUUGCUCUCUCUCUCUCACUCACUACCAUAAUUUUCAUUUUAGAUUCUAUGACAGAAACAUUUGUUUCAUGAGCAAUGUGACGAUGGCCCUUGCUUGACUGACAAAAAUCACUCAAAGGUAACACCACAAGUUCUUUCGUUUUCCUUAGCUUUUCAGAUAAAUAGCACAAUUCUUUCUCCAUGAUUGUACACCCAAACAGUUUGAGAUUUGGCAAUGUGAUGACUGAUAUUGUUGCAUCCAUCAUCAAGUAGCUAUUGCACUUGCCGAAUGCAAAUCCCCUGACCCAUAAGAUCUUCAACAAGCAGUCUUACUCGGCCGGGCUCUUAAAAGUUUUAAGAGAAAUUGAAAACGUGAUGCAACAUUGUUAAGACAUAAAGUGUGUGUUGACUGUGGGUAUUUAAGAAAAUGGAAUACAUGAUUCAAGAUUGUUAAAGAAAAAUUAUUGGAGA